UUCCCAUCCCUUUAUUUUUCCCCCACAACACAUCGUUUUUUCAGCAUAUGUCUCAAAGGCCCACGGUUCCUCACUCCUCUUCCAUAGCCUGCGGCCUUCACUCUCAUCUCCUGGUCUCCAGUGAGAUGAACCCUAGCUCCAAUUGGUCCCUUUAAUCAAUUACCUCUUAAUUAGUAAUUACUUAAUCUCAAUUAGCCUUUCACUCUCCCACACAACAACAUCAUGGGCGUCAAAGGUUUUGUCGAAGGAGGCAUCGCUUCCAUCAUUGCAGGAUGUUCCACACACCCACUUGAUCUCAUCAAGGUCCGCAUGCAGCUUCAGGGCGAAAACAAUUUGCCCAAACCGGCGGUUCAAAAUCUCCGACCCGCACUCGCCUUCCAAACCGGUUCGACCGUCCACGUGGCAGCGGCUAUUCCGCAGACCCGCGUGGGUCCCAUCGCGGUUGGGGUUCGCCUCGUCCAGCAAGAAGGCCUUGCGGCCUUGUUCUCCGGCGUCUCCGCCACUGUCCUCCGCCAGACGCUCUACUCCACCACCCGUAUGGGCCUCUACGACGUCCUCAAGACCAAGUGGACCGACUCCGUCACCGGCACCAUGCCGCUCAGCCGCAAGAUCGAGGCCGGUCUCAUCGCCGGUGGCAUCGGCGCCGCCGUGGGGAACCCCGCCGACGUGGCCAUGGUCCGAAUGCAGGCAGACGGGCGCCUCCCUCCGGCACAGCGGCGCAACUACAAGUCCGUCGUGGACGCCAUCACGCGAAUGGCGAAGCAAGAAGGCGUCACUAGCCUUUGGAGAGGCUCAUCGCUUACGGUGAACCGCGCCAUGCUCGUGACGGCGUCGCAGCUAGCGUCGUACGACCAGUUCAAAGAAACGAUCUUGGAGAACGGCGUGAUGCGCGACGGGCUCGGGACCCAUGUCACGGCGAGCUUCGCGGCGGGGUUCGUGGCGGCGGUGGCGUCGAACCCCGUCGACGUGAUCAAGACGAGGGUGAUGAACAUGAGGGUGGAGCCCGGGGCGACGCCGCCCUACGCCGGCGCGUUAGAUUGUGCUCUGAAGACUGUGCGCGCGGAGGGUCCCAUGGCGCUUUAUAAGGGGUUUAUUCCUACGAUCUCGAGGCAGGGACCGUUCACUGUGGUGCUGUUCGUGACACUGGAACAGGUUCGCAAGUUGCUUAAGGAUUUCUGAUGAGGAUGAUGACGAGAAGAUGUAUGCUACUUUCCUUUUCAAUAAGAUGCUUUUUCUGUUUGUGUUAUGUUUUAAUAGUACUAGUGAUGUAGUUCUAGGAUGGCAAUUUUGUUAUUCUAUUAAUCAAUGAGAAGUGCUGUUUAUUUUCCGAAUUAGACUGUGGCACGGCAAAUUGUUUUUAAAAAAUAAAAAUAAAAACAGGUUAUCGAUA